GAUUGUUUUCUUGUUUCUUUCGGCGGAACUUAAAAGUAUAAAAACGAAGAAAUUCUUCUACGCCGUUGCAUUUUCUUCAAUGUGCUUUUAAAAUGCAAGUCGUGAAAGUCCUAUGGGCUUUUCUUUGGAUCCUUCCCAAGGCCCUGGGAAAGGACUUCUGUGCGGGGCAAUCGUUUGGAUCCAGAGCAGUCGACUCCGCAGAUCCCCAAUCGUAUUACCUCUGCCUUGGUUUCAUUGGCCCUAUAAAAAAUACUUGCAAGAAUGGAUACUUGUUCGAUGCUCAAACGCAGGGAUGUGUGAUUAUGAACAAUGCAACUCAAUCUAUCAAAAAAUCAGAUGAUAAUAAGAAGGAAGUUAACAUCAAGCAAAAUAUCAGCGUGGAUAGACCCGUUAUAUUCAACAUUUUCGGAAACUUCAAUUUCUUCGCCAAUCUGUGGGGCAAUUCUCAUGAGGCAACUCCUUCGCCCUUGAAACCCAACCCAAUUGCCCAUUUCCAAUUUAUUAACAGUGCCGUUGGAGUUGAACCUUUGUCGCAGGAUAAUCUUGCUGAGAAGGAUAAGAAGGAUAUUAUAUUCAGCUCUUUGGAUUCAUCCCCAGCUGAAGGUGCAACAGAUGGUUCGACGCAGGAAUCCUCCACACGAGUGCCGGAAGAUGCUUCAUCGACUGCAUCUAUACAAGAAAGUUCCACACAAGAAAGUCGCUCAAGCACAGAAGCAUCCUUAGAUGAUAUAAUAUGGAGCUCUGAAAGUAUCGUGCCUACGGAAUCAUCAACAUCCAUUAUUUCAAGUUCGACGGAAGAUAGUUGGUCAAGCUCGGAAAGUCCUGUGUCCACCGAACCAUCUACAGGAGCGACAGAUAAUUCUUCGUCAACAGAAUCUUUUCCAGAUAGUACCCAAGAAAGUAGCUCAAGCUCACAAAGCCCUGUUUCUUUUGAAUUAUUUACAGAAGCGACAAAUGAGUCAUCAUCCUCAGAAUCUUUACCAAAUAGUUCGACUCAGGAUAGUAGCUCAAGCACUGAAAGUUCUUUCUACACAGAAUCAUCUACAGAUGCGACUGAUGAAUCUCCUUCAACAGAAUCUCAACCAGAUAGUUCGACCCAAGAAAUUAGCUCAAGCACGGAAGGUCCUUUGACUACUGAAUCAUCUACAGAACCUUCUAAUGAGUCUUCCUCUACAGAAUCUUCACAAGAUAGUACGACACAAGAAAGUAGCUCAAGCACUGAAGGUCCUUUGACUACUGAAUCAUCUACAGAACCUUCUAAUGAGUCUUCCUCUACAGAAUCUUCACAAGAUAGUACGACUCAAGAAAGUAGCUCUAGCACUGAAGGUCCUUUGACUACUGAAUCAUCUACAGAACCUUCUAAUGAGUCGUCCUCUACAGAAUCUUCACAAGAUAGUACGACACAAGAAAGUAGCUCAAGCACUGAAGGUCCUUUGACUACUGAAUCAUCUACAGAACCUUCUAAUGAGUCUUCCUCUACAGAAUCUUCACAAGAUAGUACGACUCAAGAAAGUAGCUCUAGCACUGAAGGUCCUUUGUCUACUGAAUCAUCUACAGAACCUUCUAAUGAGUCUUCCUCUACAGAAUCUUCACAAGAUAGUACGACUCAAGAAAGUAGCUCUAGCACUGAAGGUCCUUUGUCUACUGAAUCAUCUACAGAACCUUCUAAUGAGUCUUCCUCUACAGAAUCUUCACAAGAUAGUACGACUCAAGAAAGUAGCUCUAGCACUGAAGGUCCUUUGACUACUGAAUCAUCUACAGAACCUUCUAAUGAGUCGUCCUCUACAGAAUCUUCACAAGAUAGUACGACACAAGAAAGUAGCUCAAGCACUGAAGGUCCUUUGACUACUGAAUCAUCUACAGAACCUUCUAAUGAGUCUUCCUCUACAGAAUCUUCACAAGAUAGUACGACACAAGAAAGUAGCUCAAGCACUGAAGGUCCUUUGACUACUGAAUCAUCUACAGAACCUUCUAAUGAGUCUUCCUCAACAGAAUCUUCACAAGAUAGUACGACUCAAGAAAGUAGCUCUAGCACUGAAGGUCCUUUGUCUACUGAAUCAUCUACAGAACCUUCUAAUGAGUCUUCCUCUACAGAAUCUUCACAAGAUAGUACGACCCAAGAAAGUAGCUCUAGCACUGAAGGUCCUUUGUCUACUGAAUCAUCUACAGAACCUACUAAUGAGUCUUCCUCUACAGAAUCUUCACUAGAUAGUACGACUCAAGAAAGUAGCUCAAGCACUGAAGGUCCUUUGACUACUGAAUCAUCUACAGAACCUUCUAAUGAGUCUUCCUCUACAGAAUCUUCACAAGAUAGUACGACACAAGAAAGUAGCUCAAGCACUGAAGGUCCUUUGACUACUGAAUCAUCUACAGAACCUUCUAAUGAGUCUUCCUCUACAGAAUCUUCACAAGAUAGUACGACUCAAGAAAGUAGCUCUAGCACUGAAGGUCCUUUGUCUACUGAAUCAUCUACAGAACCUUCUAAUGAGUCGUCCUCUACAGAACCUUCACAAGAUAGUACGACACAAGAAAGUAGCUCUAGCACUGAAGGUCCUUUGUCUACUGAAUCAUCUUCAGAAGCUAAUGAGUCUUCCUCUACAGAAUCUUCACAAGAUAGUACGACUCAAGAAAGUAGCUCUAGCACUGAAGGUCCUUUGUCUACUGAAUCAUCUACAGAACCUGCUAAUGAAUCUUCCUCUACAGAAUCUUCACAAGAUAGUACGACCCAAGAAAGUAGCUCUAGCACUGAAGGUCCUUUGUCUACCGAGUCAUCUACAGAAGUCACAGAGGAGCCAUCGCCAACAGAGCCUUUACCAAACAGUUCGACGCGAGAAACUCCAUGUACCACCGAUAAUCCCUCUAGCUCUGAGCCUUCGCCAAGUACCCCAGGUGAUGAUGGCAACCCCGGAAACAGUGGAUCUGAGAAUGGAAACUCAUCCACAAGUGGAGCUCCAUGUACCACCGAUAAUCCCUCAAGCCCAGAAUCUUCACCAAGUACCCCUAAAAAUGAUGACGACUCCGGAAACAGUGGGUCUGAAAGCGGAAUCACUUCCACUAGUGGAUCUCCAUGUACCACCGAUAAUCCCUCUAGCUCUGAGCCUUCGCCAAGUACCCCAGGAAAUGAUGGCAACCCUGGAAACAGUGGAUCUGAGAAUGGAAACUCCUCCACAAGUGGAGCUCCAUGUACCACCGAUAAUCCCUCAAGCCCAGAAUCUUCGCCAAGUACCCCGAAAAAUGAUGACGACACCGGAAACAGUGGGUCUGAAAGCGAAAUCACUUCCACUAGUGGAGCUCCGUAUACGACCGAUAAUCCAGCAAUCCCAAAGCCCUCGCCAAGUGCCCCGGAAAAUCCUGGAGAUUCCGGAAACAGUUCAUCGGAAUCUCCGCCUGCAGGCACGACUCCAUGUACGCCCAAUCCACCAACAAAGAGUACCACAAGUUCGUAUACCGCCCAUCCGACUGCAAAAUAUUCAACCGAGGGUAAUAAAUCUGGAACCUCAACUUUAAGACCCCCAACUGGAACGACCCCUGGUCAUCAAGAAGAAAGAACUGACUGUAGCAAGAUGCCGAAUGGAGUCUUUCUGCGGGACUUACAGUCAUGCAAUAAAUAUUAUGUAUGUCUAAAUGGUAAAGCAAUUGCUGGCCACUGUCCCAGAAAUCUGCACUUCGACAUUAAGAGGAAAGUCUGUAAUUUUCCCAGUCUAGUGGAUUGCCCACUCGAUGAGGCCCCAGAAAAUGUAACGCAAACGCCCUCGGACACCGAAUCGCCUCCCGACUGUAAGUCCUUGCGGAAUGGCGCCUAUGUUAGAGAUCCAAAGUCAUGCAGCAGGUUUUAUGUUUGUGCCAAUGGACGGGCAAUACCUCGCCAGUGUCCCCAGGGUCUACACUUUGACAUAAAAUCCAACUUUUGUAACUACCCAAUCUUGGUGCAGUGCUCCUUGGAGGAAUCUCAGGCUGAUGCACACGGAGCAUUGCUGGCGGAGGGAGUCCCCGACUGCACCAAAGUGAAAGAGGAUACACGAUUUGGAGACGUCAAGCAGCAUAACAAGUAUUAUGUUUGCUUGAAGGGUAAAGCGGUUUUGCAUUACUGCAGUCCGGGAAAUUGGUUCGACCUUCGCAGCCAGAAAUGCAUUGACCAGCGCCUGGCUAAGGUGACCUAAGCAUUCGUUACAUAUUAGAGGCAUUAUCCAUAAUCUAGGCUUAGAAAUGUGGUGAAAGGGUUUUGAAUAUAAGUAUAUAUAUACAAUGGGUUGAUGGGUAAAAUUACUUGCAUUAUACUAUUUUAGAGUGGUUACUGACACAGAAGUUACAAGCAGACUCUAAUGCGAUCUAGCCAGUUGAAGUGUUCAAUAAAUUACUUUAUCUGUCGAAUAAAGUACAUGUAAAGAAUUUG